AGGUUAUGCGGCGGCGCAGGCGGCAGAGCUGUCUGUAUGGUCGAACAUGUCUUCAAGGAAAUGAGCGAAGUGGGACCAUUUUGGAUUGAAACAUGGACUGAUCAUGUGUCUCUGCUGAAAUCUGACUGAGAAGUAGGCUGCUCCAAGCCUGCCCUGAGGAGUGCUUGGAGGUGUGUGCUUCUACACUGCUACUUCUCCAGCUUGAACAAGCACCUUGACAGGAUGUCUGUGAGAGAACGACAGCGUCCGUGGUCUGUGUACAGAGCUUCCACACUGGACAUGUCCUCUGAGAUGCUUGGCCUGGCACUGGCAGGGAACAGUCAGGACCCAGACGAGCCCGUGUUGGAGUUCAGCCUCGCCUGCAGUGAGCUGAUUACACCGUGUUUGGACCGUAAACCCAACAGCUUUGUGGCUGUGAGCUGUACAACGCCACCUCAAGCCUUCUGGACCAAGCAUGCACAGACCGAGAUCAUCGAGGGUACAAUGAAUCCCACCUUCUUAAGCAGUGUGGCCUUCUUCCAGGAUUCCUUCAUCAAUCAGCAGACACAGAUCAAACUCUCAGUGUACGACGUGAAGGACCGCUCGCAGGGCACGAUGUAUUUAUUAGGCUCAGCGAUGUUCACAGUGAAAGAACUACUGCAGGACAAGAACUACACACUCCAGCUGCCACUCAGUUCGGCGGAGAACGUGCAUGUGGGAAAUAUCACAGUUAUCGCCUGGCAGCUGGAGGAGAAGCGGGAGCAGCGGGCGCCAUUAACCCAUCUACCAGAUACCAUCAACGGCAGGACAGUCCUUCCUGUCGAUGAGAGUCUGACAGAAUCAAUAGGAAUUCGAGCCAAAUAUGCUUCUUUAAGUAAAGACACGCUCCUGCGGUCAGUCUUUGGGGGAACCAUGUCCCGUAUGUACCGCUUCCCCACCACUGACGGGAAUCACUUGCGCAUUCUGGAGCAGAUGGCGGAGAGUGUGCUGUCUCUCAACGUCCCACGGCAGUUUGUGAAGCUACUGCUGGAAGAGGACGCUGCCAGAGUAUGUGAGCUGGAAGAGCUGGGGGAAUUAUCUCCAUGUUGGGAGAAUCUCCGGCGGCAGAUCGUAACACAAUACCAGAGCGUUAUUCUCGCUUAUCAGGAGACGCUGAAACAUCUGCAGGACUACAAGGGCCCUUCAUUCAAAGCAAGCAACCUCAAAGCUGACAGGAAGUUGGAGUUCAUGUCCACUAACCUUCACGUGCAGAGGAUGAGAGUGCAGGACGACUCUGGGUUUGAUCAUACAUAUGAUGUGGUGACGAUCGGUGCUCCAGCAGCUCACUGUCAGGGCUUUAAAAACAACGGCCUGCGCAAACUCGUCCAGAAAUUCGAGGAGGCCAAGAAACACAGCUCUCAGAGCAGCUCCCAGUCCAUCAUGUACAUCCCUCAGGACAUCGUCCGCGCCAAAGAGAUCAUCUCACACAUCAACACUCUGAAGACUCAGGUCAGCUACUACGCCGAGCGCCUCUCCCGCGCCGCCAAGGAGCGCUCUGCCAACGGCCUGGAGAGAACGCUCACAAUACUGGCAGACAAGACACGGCAGCUUGUAACGGUAUGUGACUGUAAGCUACUGGCAUCGGCUGUGCAGGCCCUAAACGCCGCCAGGCCAGAGUACAUCGCCUCCAAGAACUCCCCAUCAGCCGACUCAGAGCAUGUGGUGCUACGCAAUGACCAGGACACACUGCUAGCCAAGUGGAGCAACAACCGCUCAUCCCUACAUGCCGACUGGCAUGAAGAGGAGUGGGAGAAGGUGUGGGUGAAUGUGGAUAAGAGUCUGGAGUGCAUCAUCCAGCGGGUAGAUAAGCUCCUGCAGAGAGAACGCUUGCGCAGCAGCAGCAGUGAGGACAUGUUCCAGGCCGACCAACAGAGCACUGUUCCUAAGAAAGGUAACGAGAGGUGUCAAGCGUUCUGGAUCAACCCAGUCUGCACGAAUGAGUGUCCAUCAGCACCUUCACCGGAGCAGCCUUGUUCAUCUUCUUCACCACCUUCACCUUCAUCCUCAUCAUCACUGCCUGCUCUGAACCCUGCAUGUCCCCUUAAUACAGAAAAUCAAGCCUAUGGCAGUAGCAGCAGAGAGGAGAGUUACCCAGGUGAGUGGAGUGAGGCACUGUAUCCCCUGCUAACCACACUAACAGAGUGCGUGGCAAUGAUGAGUGACAAGGCAAAAAAGUCAAUGGUGUUCCUGCUAAUGCAAGACCGAGCACCAACCAUCGCCAUGGACCUCAGUGUGCAGUACCGCCGAGACGUGGUCUUCUGCCAGACACUUACUGCUCUUAUUUGUGGCUUUAUCAUUAAACUGAGGAAUUGUCUCCGUGACGACGGCUUCCUGAGGCAGCUAUACACCAUUGGACUGCUUGCUCAGUUUGAAAGUCUGCUGAGUACCUAUGGAGAGGAACUAGCCAUGCUUGAGGAUAUGAGUGUGGGGAUCAUGGACUUAAGGAACGUAACAUUUAAGGUGACUCAGGCUGUGUCGACAUCCUCUCCGGACAUGCUGCCUGUGAUCACGGGGAACCGCGACGGCUUUAACGUGCGCAUUCCACUGCCAGGGACCAUGUUCGAUGCGCUGCCACGGGAAAUUCAGAACGGCAUGCUUCUGCGCGUGCAGCCUGUUCACUUCAAUGUUGGCAUCAAUGAGCAGCAAACGCUCGCUGAGAAGAUCGGGGACACGUCCCUGCAAGAGAUCAUUAAUUCUGAGAGUCUGGGACGUCUGAAUUCCUACUAUGAACAGUUCAAGGAGGUUUUACCAGAUGACUGCCUCCCUCGUUCCCGGAGUCAGACGUGUCUUCCUGAGCUAUUGCGCUUCCUUGAUCAGAAUGUUCAUGCUAGAAAAAACAAGAAUGUUGACAUCCUUUGGCAGGCUGCAGAGAUCUGCCGGAGGCUAAACGGUGUACGUUUUACAAGCUGUAAGAGUGCGAAAGACCGCACAGCCAUGUCCGUCACACUGGAGCAGUGUCUUAUCCUGCAGCAUGAGCAUGGCAUGGCACCCCAGGUCUUCACUCAGGCCCUCGACUGCAUGCGGAGUGAGGGCUGCCGGCGUGAGAACACAGUGAAGAACGUUGGCUGUCGCAAGUACGCUUUCAACUCUUUCCAGCUGAAGGCUUUCCCUAAGAAUUACCGCCCUCCUGAGGGGACGUUUGGCAAAGUGGAGACAUGAACACGACGAGGACCAGGCUUGUGCAAAACGGAGAGAUUAGUCCAAAGUGGAUGAGUAUAUCAUCAUAGAAAAAUCACUAUAACUGGUAUGUAAAAUAUGCUGUAUUCAGUCUAGACCUUACACUGAUAUUAGAAUGUGGGCCUCAUAGGACACUCAUAGCACAUCACACGUUUCUGAUCCCACCUUCCAGUGAAUGCAUUCGCUCUAAACAAAUAAUAAUAAUAAUAAUGAACCAUUCCAUUAGUUCACAUCAUUCCCAGAUUACUACAGCAUUGCCAAAAGCACCUUUUGGUAGGCAUAGUCUCUUUCCAUAGGUAAAUAAUAUUAAAUACAGUAGAGUCCAAAAUUUAGAGCUUAAUGGACACAGAUACAAAAUUGUGCCUAGUUGAUCUGUAUAUGCUUGGUUGCCUGGGAAAACCUUCACGUGGUGAAAAUUAAUAUUUUCUGCUCAAAUCAGUCUCUUUAGUCUCUUCUCCUGAGGUAAAUGUCACUCACAGAUUUUGACAAACAUCAUCUCUUCACUCUGCACUAACAUCAGUGCUGAAAUUAUUCUCUUGGCAGAUUUUCCCCCAUUUAAAUUUUUUAUUUGUAUGCAAAAAUUUAAAGGUAGACCACCUUUCAGAUUUUUCAACUUUAGGUCAUAAAAAGAAUUUUCCCUGAUACCCAAUUGUUUUUGUUUAGUGGACCGAAAGCAACUGAAUUCAAAUCACAGACUUCCAAUUUUAUUAUUAUUAUUUUUUUAAAUACAACAAUUAAUGAAUUUAGAACCACGUGGCCCUAAAGUCUCCCCUGCUUCACCAUGACCCAAUUCAAGAUACUACGCCAUGCAUUACGUGGUGGGCUUUCCCCGUUCGCGCAAGGCAUUGUGGGAUGCAAAUGUGAAACAGGAGAGAAAAAUGGAGGACGUGAGUGUGCAAAUGAAACGUGAAAGACUGACUACAGUAACGGAAAUUGAAAAGACGUUAUGUUGCGAAGGAAAGGAAAUGCAGGACCAAACUAAUAAAUAUCGGCGGUCCGCAAGCACCUUGGUGUGAUCAGCUGUUUGUUUCGUGACAGAAUGAUGUAACUAUCAGUGCACGGUCAAGUUAAACCUGUAGAUGGCAGUAAAGCAACAGUGGAUGCCAGCUACCAUAAAACCCAAAAGAAGAAGGUAAAGCUGCACAUGCGCACACGGACUUCCUCUGUCUGCUUGAUUGCACAAAAGGAGUGAUUUCAUGCAUGUUAUUUGCUAGGGAAUCCCCUCAAAUUAAAAAACUUCCCAGCCACAGAAUGGCUUUUAUUUAUUUUUUUAUUUAUUAUUUUUUAAUAGAUAUUGUAGAAAUAAACAUUGUGAUCUAUGACCAUAUUUCAGAGGGAACUAAAUUUCACCGAUUUUAUGAAAUCGAAAGACCGUCUAGCUUUAACUUUCUUCACUCCAGUGUCUACAUUGCCAUCACUCCCAUGUCCGUGACAGCAGAUAACUUCAUGUCUACUAUUUAGACCUUUUACAGACUAAAUCCAUCUGUGGAAGUCAGAGCGGGUGGGUGGAGCACAGAAGUACUGCAGGCCAGAACUGAGUUCCAAAACUCUUUUAUUUUUGCUUUUCAGCUGUAACUUUUCACACUCUCCCAGUCGCGCACACACACAUACACACAAGUCAUCUGGUGCGGGAGAGAGCCCCCUUCCUCUGCCCUCUCCUUAUAUAGAGCGUGGUUGCUGGGAAGACACACAAACACAGGUUAAUUCACAUCAGGUGUAGUGAUUCUGCCACUUACCUUCCCUGACUCUGCCCUCCGGUCACAGACCGACACUUGACCACACCCCCACUGCCACAUACCCCCACCGCCCGACUCAGGCUGGGCAGCCGUCCGGCCCACAGCCGACCCCCCCCCCCUUGACAGGAGAGAAAGUCCGCCACGACCUUCUGCACCCCCGGCCUGUGGACCACCUUGAAGUUAAAGGGUUGGAGUGCCAGAUAGCAAUGGGUGAUCCGUGCGUUGGCAUCCUUCAUGCGGUGGAGCCACUGGAGGGGCGCGUGGUCCAAACAGAGGGUGAAAGGGCGUCCCAACAGGUAGUAACGGAGGGCGAGGACCGCCCACUUGAUGGCCAGGCACUCCUUCUCUAUGGUGCUGUAGCGCCCCUCGUGCACUGACAGCUUCCGACUAAUGUACAGCACUGGGUGAUCCUCCCCCUCCACCUCCUGGGACAAAACAGCCCCCAGCCCUCUGUCCGACGCGUCCGUCUGCAAUAUAAAAGGGAGAGAAAAGUCAGGGGAGUGUAACAGUGGCCCCAUACACAGUGCAGCCUUUACCUUAGAAAAAGCCUGCUGGCAUUGCUCCGUCCACUGGACCGGAUCUGGUGCCCCCUUUUUAGUGAGAUCAGUCAGCGGGCUGGUGACAUCCGAAUAAUUAGGUAUAAACCUACGAUAAUAGCCAGCCAGCCCCAGGAACUGUCUCACCCCCUUUUUGGUCUUGGGCCUCGGGCAGGCCGCAAUCGCUGCAGUCUUGUUAAUUUGGGGACGCACCUGCCCAUUGCCCAAGUGGAAGCCCAGAUACCAUACUUCCACCCGCCCAAUCGCACACUUCUUCGGGUUGGCUGUGAGACCCACCCGUCUCAGCGACCGAAGGACGGCCCUCAGGUGUUGUAGGUGCCGUGGCCAGUCAUUACUAUAAAUGAUGAUGUCGUCGAGGUACGCGGCAGCGUAGGUGGCGUGGGGGCAGAGGACCCUAUCCAUCAGCCGCUGAAACGUCGCGGGCGCCCCAAACAGCCCAGAAGGAAGUGUGACAAACUGGUGUAAGCCGAACGGUGUGGAAAAGGCCGUUUUUUCUCGGGAUAGUGGAGUCAAGGGGAUCUGCCAAUAACCCUUUGUGUCAUCAUGUACGAAAACAAUUUUUGGGCUUGGAGUGAAGCCCAUGGCUGGUGGAACACUGCUCCCAGUGGCAAAAAUUAGCACGUGGCUUGGGGUUAAGGCAGCGAUGAACUGCUUCUGUUUCUCGCUGAGGUCUUGGUCCUCCAGUAGAUCCAGGAGUUCAUGGUUUUCAAUGCAUUGAAGAAAGUCUUUAAAUCUGACAACAACAAGCUGACAACAACAAAGAGGUUUAGCCCUUCUGUUGCUGCCAAUGACAGAAUAUGAGGGCUUAAAAAGACCGGCCAUGGUGUCCGCAUUGCUGGACAGGCGCUGAAGAUCCAAUAAAGCCCUCAUUCCUUGGUGCUGUCGAAGAAGGUCCAGUACCCCAUAAUGAGACAAGCCAUGAAUAAGCUCAUCCAGGCAUGGUUUCCUGUGCAUAAUUCCCCAGUAUUCUGUGGCGGCUCGAACGAAGUCCGAUUUGUUGUUUAAUGAUAUUGCACUUGGCCAUCCUUCAAUGGUGUAGCGCCACUCGCAGCCAUCAAGUGCCUCCUGAAGCUCUGCUUCAUUGGCAGACAUUUCAAUCUUACGCAGUGAUUCCCUGACAUCCACCUCAGGAAUGUCUUCCAGGUGCACUUGAGUUUGUUUCAUGUCCCCAGACAAAAUGUAAUCCACCACUGAUGGAGCGAAAAAGGAUGGCGCUUGACCUCCUUGAACUAUAAUAGUGGUGAGCAUCUGUCCGAUGACUUGGAAAGUGCCAUUGCUUAUGAGGCUGACAUUUACUUUCGGAAUAAAUCCAUUGCUCGUCUCUUGAAAGCCUCCACUGUCCUCAAAAAUGGCCUUUCCAAGGAGCCUGAAAAACUCCGUUCUUGGCCCACCUUCAUCGAUGGCAUCUUCUUCUCUUUUGUCACAUGCAAAGGUCACGCUUAAGAGCCCUGCUUUUUGGGUGAAGGUCCGCCUUCGAAACUGCUCAAUUGCAGUAUUCCACACCGCCUUCCUGCUUAUGAAGAUUGUCCUUGAGGGUGGGACCACCACUCUGUCACUGUGAGCAGAGAGGAUGCCUGCCAUUUCCUCCACAGACAAACCAUCUGCUGCUCUAAUGAAAGGUGGAGUGUGGGAAUCCUCAUAGGAGUCAAGGCUUUCCAAAAUGGCCUCCUGAAUGUCAUCCUCAUCUGAAGAAAUAGCUACAAAAUCGGCAAACUGAAUUGAAUGGUUUCUUUGCUCUGCAGCCACUUCUUCUGUGUUAGUUGGAAUUACCACACAGUCUUCCUCAUCACUGCUUUCAUUUGGUUCCACUCUUCGCCUUGUUGUUGGUGGAGAACUGUCUGUUUCCUGACCGUCUGACAAUUCAGGCUCAGACUCACAACAAAAACUCUCAGAUAAUAUAUACAAAGCUCCUUGGCCACAGAGACUUAACACUUCAGAUCCAUUCCAUACAAAAGUGGAACUUGUUUUCGGUAACAUCAAAAACCGAGCACCUGGCAAACACUGAAGAAAUUGAAAUCCCAUCUGAUCUGGUUGAUGACACUUAUCUUUGAACAGUGAGCGGAUUUCAUCUCUGACCUGCUCUGUGGACCAUGUUGAAUUCAUGUGAAUUUUGCCAACCAAACCAUUUAAAGACAGUUUCUCCCUCUCCUGCCCCCUUGGGACUUUCCAUCUUCUGUUAAUUGAAGGGAAGUCCUUUGGAAGGCAGACAACAUCUUUAAUGAAAAUACGUUCCCUUCCUGUUCCUCUCCUGCCUGAUUUUAAAGGCCCUCUGCCACUGAAUAAUGAUGGCAAAACAGGGAGUCUAUCCGGAAGAACUUCAGGCUGUUAGGGUUUUGCUGGGAUUCGAACCUGGUUCGUUGGUGUGAUAAUCCAGCAAACCCCCACUAGGCCACCAGGGGGAUGACUCAAAUGCAGAGGCGUGAGGCGGAAGUAGAAAAAGAAUCAAAUGGUUUAUUUAAACUAUAUACACUAUAUACAGGGCAAAACAAAAGACAAAAAAAACCAAAGAGUAAAUCCAAAAGAAAAGCAAAGUGCAAAAAUUCAAAAGCUAAGAAGAUCAAAAACACAGUACAAAGGAAACUGGAGAUAAACAUAACAGCACAAAGACUCCGUGACAAGAGGACUGAACUCAGGGGUAUAAAUAGACAAACUAAUUAAGGACACAGGUGAAGAUAAUUAGGCAA